CCACGUCAAUAGGACGGCAUCACCAUGGCAACCCCGGUGUUGGUGUCGCCGCCUGUUGCUUGGUGACCUCGUGCACUUCGACAGAUUGUUCCUCUUGCGGUGGAAGUUGUUUUUAAUCGUGAUUAGUGUUUUUGUCAUCAUGUAAAGCGGUGAAAUUAAAACGUGAUGGAGCAGAAAUACAGCUGAAGAUGCCUGAGAGAGACUCCUCCCUUAACAUCUCACUUGCCACCAUGGCCGUCUCUGCCAUCAGGAACUGGUGGAACACCUUCCAGUUGGACAAGUCGGACACCAACAACUCCAGCACAGAGGAGGAUGAGGGGGAGUUGGCGGAGAUGAGGCAGUUGUCCACAAACCUAAAAAAGACUCUGCGGACGAGGCAGCUGGAAAUAGAUUUCAAUGGUGGCAGACCAGUUCUGAGUCUAAGGGCACCGCAGGACCUGGUGAGCUUUCCAUCAAUCUCCCGCCCCCGGUGGCCCAUAGAGUGUGAGGUCAUCAGCGACAUUAUCCAUCACAUAGAGUGGGAUCCGCCAGAGCCGGAGACUUUUUAUCAGCCCACAGGACAUGAGAGGACACCGAUGCCUGUUGGAGAAGAGAGAGGGAAAGUGGUGUACUGCGUUGACCAAGCCACUAAACGUCCCUUUUUCACCUGCUCUCGUGUGGGAGGGAGCAGGGGGCCCAUCAAGGGCGCCACCUCCUGUGACAUCGAUCAGGCAGACUUCACCCUGGAGUUUGAGUCACGCUUUGAGAGUGGGAACCUCCAGAAAGCUGUGCAAGUGGGGGACUACGAGUAUGAGCUCACCCUGUGCACAGACACGUACACGAAGAAGCACACGCAGUGGUUCUACUUCAGGGUCAGGAACAUGGAGGCUGGAGUCACCUACCGCUUCACUAUAAUCAACCUGAUGAAAAGGAGCUGCCUGUACUCUGUGGGUUUGAGACCACUCUUCUACUCUGAGAGGGCGGCCAAGGAGGAAGGUGUUGGAUGGCAACGCACCGGCUUCAACAUCAGAUACUAUCGCAACUGCAGUCAGGAUUCAAAUGAAAAUGACACCAUCGCCCUGUACUCACUUACCUGGACUCUCCGGUUCCCUCAUGACUCAGACACCUGCUACCUGGCCCACUGCUACCCCUACACCUACUCACACCUGCAGCGCUACCUUCAGCGGGUGUCCUCCAACCCAGCAGUGGCGUCAUACUGUAAAUUGCGGGUGCUGUGCCACAGCCUCGCUGGGAACGCCGUGUACGUGAUGAACAUAACAUCCCAGGGGGAUGGAAAGGUGAAGGGCAGGACCAAGAAGGCUGUGGUGGUGACGGCCCGAGUGCACCCAGGGGAAACCAACAGCUCCUGGAUGAUGGAGGGGUUGCUGGACUUUCUGCUCGGGGACUCGUCGGACGCUCAGCUGCUCAGGGACACUUUUGUUUUUAAGGUGGUGCCGAUGCUGAACCCUGAUGGUGUGGUGGUGGGGAAUUACCGCUGCUCUCUGGCCGGCAGGGACCUCAACAGAAACUACAAGACACUGCUCAGGGACUCUUUUCCCUGUGUGUGGCACAUCCGCAACAUGGUGGAGAGGUUAAUGGCAGAGACAGAUGUCGCUCUUUACUGUGACUUUCAUGGCCACAACCGCAAAAAUAAUGUCUUCAUGUACGGCUGCAACAACCGAGGUGAAGGUUCUCCGAAGCUUCACGAAAGAGUUUUUCCCCUAAUGAUGAGCAAGAACGCCAACAACAAGUUCUCCUUCAAGAGCUGUAAAUUCAAGGUGCAGAAGAGCAAAGAGGGAACAGGACGAAUCGCCAUGUGGAGACUUGGCAUCAGAAACAGCUACACGAUGGAGGCCACGUUCGGAGGCUCCACUCUGGGUGACAGGGGGGGGACACAUUUUACGACUCGAGACCUAAAGUCAAUGGGCUAUAAUUUUUGUGACACCCUCCUGGACUUCUGUGACCCCGAUCCAACAAAGACCACUUACUGUCUGACGGAGCUGGCGACAUUGUUGAGAAAGGAGGCCGGAGAGAGGCUGGGCAAAGAUUUAGGCCCUGAUUGUAACAUCUCUGAGUCUGACCUAGAAACCAGCACCAGUGGAUCAAACAGUUCAGAUUCAGAUGGACUCCCGGCUCAUUUACUGAACCAGACUGAAACUGUCCAUCUAGAGUUUCCCACAAACUGUUGCACUCUUCCAAAGCAAAAUCCUGUGAAGAAGAAGAAGAAGAAGAAACGUUUAAAGAGUCGUAAAGAGAGGAACAAGCAGCGGCCGGAGGGAGCGAAGAAUGAUACACAGCCACAGGUCCUGCAAAGCAGCAUCAAGAGUACUACUUUGCAGGAGUCCUGUCUGCCUCAUGAGACCACAGUUAAAGAGAGCGUCACAGAGAGGCCUGUCGGGCGACACCGGACUAAAUGGCUGGUCAACAGUGUGAUGAAAAAAGCAGCAAUGCCUCCACCCAACACUGGAGAUGUCAGUCAGGUGACUCUGUGGCAGGGCUGCGAACCUGUCAAGGACGAUGGUCUGGAGAACACGAGGGCUGCACACUCACCUCAGAGGGCAAAGGCAUCACCUCACACAGGUGACCUGGGGAUGGAUACAGGACAGUGGCGAUGUUCCUCUCAGCUGCUGCACCUCAGUGCUCUCAUACCUGCAGCUAAACUCCUGCAUCCCCACCGGCGACAGCAUCACUACCCUGGACAAUCCCCAGUGUCCUACAAACUCUACGGAGGGCUGCUGCCUCCCCUAAAAAUAGCACACAGGUCUCCCUCAUCAACGUGCGUCAAUAUGGUUCCAGAUAUGAUUCAAACAAAGCGCCUGCUGUCAAGUUUCACCAGUGACAACAGACGGUUUAUUUUCGGAGCCAGAGGUUCUUUGCGUGUUUCAGCAAGUUACUCUGUGCUGGAGGACGCCUUCCCCUCUCACACAGAUGCAACGACCAUCAAACGGCAGAACGGGGAACAGGAAGAUGACCCCACAGAAGUGGGGUUGUCUCUGUGGGGAUGUAAACCACUUGAGGAGCAGAAGCAGAGAGAUAUGAGGUCUGACGGCCCGCUGAGAGAAACUGAACCACGCAGCACUUUGUCUGGGUUGAGAGCCACAAACCUGAGUGGGAAAAGACUGUGUAAAGAUGCUCAGGAGACCAAAAGGCAGUUGGAUGUUUCUCGCCCUGUGUCAAAGCCUCCAGACUUUAUGAAGGUGAAACAUCCGCAGAGGGACACACUCAGUCGGCUUCAGGCUCAGGGCAUCACUGGAAGAAAAAGCACGGCUCCACAAGCGGAGAUGGUUGCCAUCAUAAAACCAUCGCAGUCCACACCACUGUAGGAUGCUCGAUUCUAAAAAUCUGAGAACUACAGAUUUUAUUAACUCCACAAAAGAUGUUGUUUUAAUCUGCAUUCGUUUGUUUGUUUUUAUUUAUUACGCCAAAACGACAGGGCAGCAAUUUCCACAAAAAACUGUGGAAGGGUGUCUAAUUCAGGGAAGAACUCAUUACAUUUAGGUCCAGAUCAGGGAGCUGUUCCAGGAUUGUUUUUUUUCACUUUCUUCAACAUUGUGAGAACAACAUUCUGUCCCCUCAACUCAAACUAAUCACAUUUGGAUAGGAGAGAAGUGACACCCCCAAGUAACAGUUACUAUCCAACAUCAAUCUUUGUUUGAUACUUAACUAUACCUGCAUUGCUAAUAAAUGAUGUACAGGCGA